GUCGACCCGCCACAGAAAAAUACACGCAUUGUCAUUUAAAACGUGACGACGCGCACACGGCACCCACAUACUACCUCACUAUAUUCAUUCUCGAUGUUUUGUGAUGUAAAUAUAUUGGAUUGAGUGAUAAUGCUGAUAAAGUGAUUGUUCAGUGCCUAAUCUUUAGUGCUGGUGUUAAAAAACAAAACAAUGAACGAACAGGAUCUCAUCGUGGCCCGCGCGCUAGCGGCGGAGUCACGUGACAACUCUCCUGGCGGAUCUCCAGGACCUCUUAGAAAAACUGCUCUCUCCAAAGUAGCUGAUAGAUUACAGACAUUCAGGCGGACUAGGUCCCUGAACGCCCCCUCGCCUAUACAACAGUUCGGACCAUGUGGCAGAAUAAUGAAAAAUUCCGCUAUGGUUAUGCAAAUCCAGGACCCAGCGUCGCAAAGGCUGACUUGGUACAAACCGCCGCUGACGGUGUUGGUCAUCAAGAAAGUGCACGACGCUACCAUCCUAGCACCUUUCGUACAACUCGUACAUUGGCUAGUGCAUGACAAAAGCAUGGUGGUGUUUGUGGAGGCGGCGGUGUUGGACGACACGCUGGUGGCGCAGUACGGCGAGUUCGCGGCCGUGCGCGAGCGCCUGAUGACCUUCCGCGCCGGCACCGACGACCUCACUGACAAGAUCGACUUCAUCAUCUGCCUCGGAGGUGACGGCACGCUGCUGCACGCCAGCUCGCUGUUUCAGCAAUCAGUCCCGCCGGUGAUGGCAUUCCAUUUAGGUUCAUUAGGUUUCCUCACGCCCUUCGAGUUUAACAACUUCCAGGAACAAGUUAUGAACGUAUUAGAAGGUCACGCAGCAUUAACGCUGCGGUCGCGUCUUCAAUGCGUGGUGCUGCGCAAGUGCCAGGACGACACCAAGGAGAAGAAGAAGCCCACCACCAUACUGGUGUUGAACGAGGUGGUGGUGGACCGAGGACCCUCGCCGUACCUGUCCAACAUUGACUUGUUUCUGGACGGCAAACAUAUUACCUCCGUGCAAGGAGACGGUCUUAUCGUGUCGACGCCGACGGGCAGCACUGCGUACGCGGUGGCGGCGGGCGCCAGCAUGAUCCACCCGUCCGUGCCCGCCAUCAUGGUGACGCCCAUCUGUCCGCACUCGCUCUCCUUCCGGCCCAUCGUGGUGCCCGCCGGCGUCGAGCUGAAGAUCGCACUAUCGCCGGACGCGCGUAACGCUAUGUGGGUAUCGUUCGACGGACGCAACAGACAGGCGUUACAGCACGGAGAUAGUCUAUACGUAACGACGUCUGUAUACCCGGUGCCGUCGAUUUGCGCGCAGGACCAGAUAUCGGACUGGUUCGACUCACUCGCCGAGUGUCUGCAUUGGAACGUGCGCAAGAAGCAGAAACAGAUCGACGAGAUGAGCGACAUGACCCACUCGUCCAGUGACACGCUCGAGGAGUUGGAUAACAACCACCACGAUGACAGGCCGGCGGAUACAUGACCGCAGUAAUAGCAGAAGUAGGGAUGUGACGAACUGAGUCGUAUCAAUAGUUCUUUGUCAGUCAAUGAGUUACGAACUAUAUUUUUAUGUCGGACAUUUUGUGGUUGUUAAAUCAUUUAAUGUUAAUUUAAUUUCAUAUUGCUUUCGGGGCAGCAAGGUCAAUAAAUCUGAGACUCAAGCUCUGCUCAAAAAGUUCCAAUAUUUUUCUUAUGACAAAUAAGUUUAAGGUUUAAAUCUACAUUCUCUAAAACAGACAAGAAAUGAAACUGAUUUCGUUUUGGUCUGCUAUGGAAAUAUCAAUAUGUAUGUGGGUUAUAAAUGUAAAUUUAUCUUUUCCAAUAUGGCUUAGGUGUUACAUAACACUUAAGUAAACAUUGAUUUAUCUCUAAGAGAUUUUAAAUAACAUUCUAUCUGAAUAUUUGGGGGAUGGUCUAAAAUUCAUAGACAAAAAAUUUCACUUUUUCAAUAUUGAUUAUUUUUAAUCAAAAUGCUCAGUUACACAAUGAAGACUCCUGUGAAAGAGUAAUACAAAUUAAAUAUUGAUCAAAUCACGAAUAUAAUCUCUAAAAUGGCCGUAACAUUUCUAAUGAAUUCUCUAUACAACUUGAGUAGUUCUACUUAAUUAUUUGUAUAGAUAUAAGCUGUAUGUAAUUGACAAUACUUCAUAUACUUUUUCAUAGGCCUGUCAGUUUUAGAAAAUCAAUUUUGUAAAGUUAGUGAGAGUUUGUAGAAUAAGUCUUGUAUUUUGUGUGUGGUUUCAGCUGAUUUAUAUCCAGAGUUGUGAUAAAAUGUAUUUUUAUUUAACGAAAUAGGACCCCCCCACACAAUAUGGCUCAGUUAAGUAAACUUUGCAUAUAAGGCUACUUUUCGUCUGUGUUAUUUAAUGUUAGACAACGAUAAGCGAUCGUAAUGUAUGAUUUAUAUGUUGUGAUCACAUUUUUUUUUUCAAUAUAAUUACAUUCCCUUGGACAAUAAAAAAAUAUGGUUUUGUUAUGUCUUUCUUGGGUAUGUUCGGUUUACGUGUAGAGUUAUUUAUAAUACAUGUCUUAUAUUAAAUUAUCCAUAUUAAAUUCAAAGAUGUCGACAAAAAUGAAAGGUAAAAUUAAUAAUUCGCGUCAUAAUAAAACAUUAUUUAGUUUCAAUAUUUUUGUCAAACCAAAGGACUUGAUAUUACACCAGAUAUUAAAAUAUAUGUACAGUAACUGAAAGUUCUUGAUAUGUCAAAUAAGUCAUAGUUAUUGCAUAUGACUACUUAUUAUGGAAAGAAGAAACAACCGUAAGGUGCUAACUGAAAUGAUUCAGUGCCAAUAAUUUAAAAUAAGCCUAUUUUACCACUUGUGUUCAGUAUGGAGCACAAAUUAUUUUUAUUUCGUCAGUAGUUCGGAAAGACCGUUUGUUCGAUGGAAACUUAUGAUUUAUUCUCAUCACAAUGCUUUAUUUGUACUAGACCCUCACAUUUCCAUGCAUUUCAAUCUUUGAAAGACUCAGUUUCAAUGGUUAAAAUGACAGCUUAGUAAAAUAGUGAUUUGUUAAUAUUGAAUAAACUUUAUUUGGUGUUUUGUCAAGAGAACAUGAUAAUAAAUGUAUAUACAUUUUAAUAUAAAUUAUACAAAUUGGACCUUUGA